UCGCCGGGCCGCCAUCUUGGCUGGGAGCCGCGGUCGCGCCGCAGAGGGGAGGUGUGGGGGUUGCUCGUCUGCGCUACCCUGCCCCUGCCUUCUUUCUCUCCCCCUUCCGUUCUCUUUUUUUCCCCCUCCUACCCUCCCUCCCUGGGUCUCCGGCUGCGGGCAGGUGGCGCGUCCCGGCGGUGGAGGGGCCUGCGCUAGCAGGGAGAGAUGAGCAACAACAGUAACAAGAGAGCACCAACAACAGCAACCCAGAGGCUGAAACAGGAUUACCUUCGAAUUAAGAAAGACCCAGUGCCUUACAUCUGUGCAGAGCCCCUCCCCUCCAACAUCCUCGAAUGGCACUACGUUGUCCGGGGACCUGAAAUGACUCCUUAUGAAGGUGGCUAUUACCAUGGGAAACUAAUAUUCCCCAGAGAAUUUCCUUUCAAACCUCCUAGCAUUUACAUGAUUACACCUAAUGGAAGGUUUAAGUGUAACACAAGGUUGUGUCUUUCCAUCACUGAUUUCCACCCAGACACAUGGAACCCAGCUUGGUCAGUCUCAACAAUCUUGACAGGCCUGCUUAGUUUUAUGGUGGAGAAGGGCCCCACACUGGGCAGCAUAGAGACUUCAGAAUUCACAAAGAGACAGCUCGCUGCACAGAGCUUAGCAUACAACUUGAAAGACAAAGUCUUCUGUGAGCUCUUCCCUGAAGUGGUGGAGGAGAUUAAACAGAAGCAGAAAGCACAAGAAGAGCUCAGCAGCAGACCUCCUUCCCUGCCUUUGCCAGAUGUGGUGCCCGAUGGGGAGGCACACUACGGGCAGAACGGGCUCCCCCUGCUCAACGGGCACGUCCCCUUGGCGCCGGCCAACCACCCCGGGCUGCAGCAGGCCAACCGCAACCACGGACUCUUAGGCGGAGCCCUGGCGAACUUGUUCGUGAUCGUGGGGUUUGCAGCCUUUGCCUACACAGUCAAGUAUGUGCUCAGAAGCAUAGCUCAAGAAUGAGGAGAAUAAAAGCAAAGCCAAGACCAAAUUAGCUGGUAGUUGCAGAAUUGAGUGGGACUCCUUGGCCAUCCAUCUCUCGACCCUCUGGAUCCAAUCCAACCGGCCCCGGCCUCUGUUUUGCCGCCUCGGGGUGGGGGUAAAGCACU